AUGCAUUCACCAUCGCCGCAACUCUUGCGCGUUUUGCGCACCUCUCUGGUCAAUACCCGUUGCACCUCAAACUUGACUCGAUUCUGCCAGAUCCCAUUAGCAACCGCAACACCAUGCGUCGUCUCAAAUCCUAGCACCGAAAUGCCCUCAACACGCCGGAACUACAGCUCCCCUAUCCGACCAGCCCGUAUGAUUCCUCGGGCGCACGCACACAAACCAGCCAGCCGUGACCGCGGCCCAGAGUCUAAAGAAGACACUCAGACCAACUUUGAUUCGUUGAACGUGCUGGGCAACAUCCCGGCGCCAUCAACGGCUAUUGACGCAUGUCUCGAUUCUGGGUUCCAUCUUAACAAUGGCGUCAAGCUUACAAACGGCGAUGGGCUGUUGCUGGUCGGUGGUGAGGCAUUUGCGUGGCGGCCGUGGAAGGCUAUAGAGGGCGCAGAGAGCGAUCUUGUCGCUAAGGAUGCUAUGCUCAAUUCCAAAGGGCAGUUUGAGCUAGAUGAAUCGGUCUGGGGGUUGUUAAACCUUGUCUGGCCAAAGCCUGGUAUGUUGGUUCUUCUUUCUUUCUUUUUUUGGUACCGGAUAUGUGCGCUCGUCUACGGAUAUAAUAUGUUUGAACUUGACCGUAAAAUUGCACUUCGAUUCGCUAACAGUUUCACCACAGAUAUGCUCAUUCUUGGUCUUGGUGGCUCGACAUUUCCGCUCUCACCUGAAACUAAGCGUCACAUCAACUCGCUGGGCAUUCGGGUGGACAUUCUUGAUACUCGUAAUGCGGCCGCGCAGUUCAAUCUGCUUGCUACAGAGCGCGGUGUUACUGAGAUUGCCGCUGCCAUGAUUCCCAUUGGGUGGAAGGCUAGACCUCUUUAA